AUAAUAACGCGGAUCAGCUAAGAGCGAUUUCUUCUUCUUCUUCUUCUUCUUCUUCUUCUUCUUCUUCUUGCUUGUUGUUGUAGCAUUUGAUUUUAGAUAUGGCGGCACUUCCCAAGGCCGGCAAGCCGCUCGUCGAGAAUGACGCCGGCUCAUACCUCGCGUGGUCCGGCAAGAACCAGCCGGCCCUCGCCGGCGAGAAGCUCGGCUGCGGCCUGCUCGUCCUGAAGCCCCUCGGCUUCGCGCUGCCGCACUACGCCGACUCCGGCAAGUUCGGCUACGUUCUUGGCGGCAGCGCGGUGGUCGGGGUUCUUCCGGUGGGGUUGGACGCCAGGGAGAGGGUGGUGCGGCUCGAGGCCGGCGACGUGAUCGCCAUGCGCGCCGGGGAGGUCACGUGGUGGUACAACGACGCGGACGGUGAGGAUGUCACCAUCGUGUUCAUGGGCGACACCGCCCGCGCCGCCAGCCCCGGCGACAUCUCGUACUUCGUCCUCGCCGGCCCGAUGGGCGUCCUUGGAGGCCUCGACGCCGGCCUCCUCGCCACGGCGUCGGGGCUGACGUCGCCGGAGCAGGCGGCCACCGCCUUCCGCAGCCAGCCCGCCGUGCUGCUCACCAGGCUGAGCCGCAAGCUGCAAGACGUCCGCCCACGCGAGCACGACAGGCACGGGAUCGUCGUGAACGCCGCGCGCAUGCCGGCGGACAGCAGCACCGGCGGUGCCGCCGCCGGGACGAAGAUUGUCACCGCGGCGCACCUGCCGGUGCUGGGGCAGCUCGGGUUCAGCGUCGGGCUCACGCCUCUCGACGCGGGCGCCGCGGUGCGCGGGCCCUGGGUGCUCCGCGACGCCGCGGCGCAGGCGGUGUACGUCGCCCGUGGAAGCGGGCGCGUCCAGGUCGCCGGCGCCGGCGGCGCGUCGACGCUGCUCGACGCGGAGGCCGCGGCGGGCAGCCUGCUCGUCGUGCCGCGGUACGCGGUGGCGCUCGUGGGCGUGGACGCCGGCGGCAUGGAGCUGGUGUCGCUGAUCAAAAGCCCCAGGCCGGCGAUGAAGCAGUUCACCGGGAAGGGAUCGGUGAUCGGCGGCCUGACGCCGGAGAUCGUGCAGGCGGCGCUCAACGUGUCGCCGGAGUUGGUCGAGCAGCUCAGGAUGACCAAGUGAGCGAAGCCAACUCCGGAUUUGAUCUCUCCGGCGAUGGGGUGUGGUGAUGCCCACAGUAGAACACUGCGCGUGUCUUUGUCUUUCAGUCUUCACCUUGCGAGAAGUCAUGGCAGGAUUAAGUGUUGAUCAGUCUCAGCAUGCGAAUAAUGUCACCAAGUACAAUAAUAAUCGGAACUAGCAGUGCAAUAAUUAAAGCUGAAAAUGGAUGGAUCGAUGAAAUUUUACUUUUAAA